AUGAAGGUCUUUGCUACUGCUCUGCUCUUUGUAAGUCCCUACAUGGACGCAAUCAGACCAGCUAACACCUGCACUCACCACCUGACCAGCUCCGGCAUCCUCGCGGCAGCCAACGAGGCCGGGUACCCAGCCGCCUGCCCGACCAUCACCUCGCACUCGCGCUGCUCGACGUGCAUGGUGCCCCAGUGCCUCGCCCUCUCCACCAUGAGCCUCCCCUGCGGCUGCCCAGACCCGCCCGCCACCACGACCGUGCACCACGACUGCGCCGGCCCGGAGCCCUGCAGCCCGGGCGGCUGCGGCGGCACCCAGUGGUCCGUCAUCCCCGCCGCCGCGACCUGCGGAGGAGCCGGCGGCCCGGCCUGCCCGACCAUCACCUCCACCGUGACCCCGGACGGCUGCACGCCGACCCUGCCCGGCCAGUCCUUCUGCGCCGAGCCCGCCUGCGCCAUGAUCGAGUCGGUCACCCUGCCCUGCAGCUGCGUCGGCGUCAACGACCCUCCCGUGCCCACGACCACCGUGACCGGCCCGUGCACCUGCCGCUCCGGCUGCGCCACGUUCACAUCCGUCCAGUACCUGCCGUGCCCGGCGUCGAUGCCGGCCCCGACUACUACUCCCUCUUGCACUGGCUCCGAGAAGCCAGGCGCGGAAGUGGCGUUCAAGAUCGAUGUUGACUUUGAGGCUUGUGACCCUGGGCCUCUUCAGGAACCCGGCGAUUGUCAAUGGAUUCCCAAUACUGAAGAGACCGGAGCUGCAGUCGGGACUGGAGAUUCGUUGCAACCUGCAGCUCGACUGAGUGGAACGAAAUUCGUUGAUAGGUUUGGGCAUGGAGCGUUCCUCAAGGGUUUCUCAUCUAUGGCAGUUGCAACGUAUGCAGUCGAGCGAUCCGGGCUGCCAGCACCCACUCUAGGAUGCAUCCUCCAGAAGGUUGUAAUAACGGCGGGCAUGCACGUCACAUCUGGCUUUGAGUUUGCUCUUGGAAAAAGGGACAUACCGGCACGCAUGACAACGCAUGGAUACGUGCCACUACUUAGAGCCGUCUCCCAGAAGUACGUGCUGUUCUGGGACGAGAGAGACAAACGAGGCUGGCUUGCCAACGGCGUCAGCGCAUUGCUCCAUUUUCUUCGAGGGUCGCUGGAACUAGAUCGUUUGAGCAAGUUCAGUUCGGUUCUGAAGAUGAAGCUCAGUGACCUGCAAGAGGCGGACGGUACGUAUGGUCCAGCCUCGGCUAUCGAGUUCCUCACUAGUCAACACAACAUGUCACUCCCGCUCUACGCAGAACGCGAUGGCAAAUUCUACUGUCUCCAAGAUCGUGUUGAGCAUCUCUGUAACGUCUUGGCGAAGUUGAUAGACAGUCAGGAAGAAAUGGGUCCAUACCAAGGUUUAAGUUUGUUCAGACCGCGCGGGAAAUUAGAAGGCUGGGACUAUAAAGACAUCCCCUCCUUGCGAGAUCCGCUGCACCCAAAAGUCGCUACUCUCCACAACACUGGCAAAGCUUGGGUCGACUUUAUCCGAGGCAUCAAGGCUGUCACUAUAUUUGGCCGUGGAUUCGGAGAGCUGCUUCAGCCAAAUACCGGUGCUGCAGCAAGCUCCUCGUCCUGCUGCCCAUGGUCUACCUUGCCCAAAGAUAGAUUCUACAUUGCCGCUCACGUCACCGACCUGGCCGAGAUUAUGGAGGCAAAUGGCGACGCCAACGCACAGCCCAGAAAACUGUGCCAAGAUAUCUUUUGGUACAGUCAUGGCCAGGUCCUGGAGCCGUGUCCAUGUGUCUCUCAGUCCCACAGCUCAACACUGGAUGUCAGCAAGAAACACCAUGAUCCAGUCCAGGCUUUGUUCUCGUCCUCGUUCAAAUUCUUCGCCAGCCUCUCGCAGCGCCGGCCCAUCACCCUGACCGACAACGGUGCGGUUAUCUUUGGGCACAGGCGAAAACUUCGCUGGUACUAUAAAGAUAUCGGGGACCCUGUUAUGGGAGAUCCUGUGGAAGGUUCAGAAUCCGCCUUGCCAUCAGCCAGUGACACAUUCAGCAAUUCCAUGGCAAGCGCAACGACGUCUUUCUCGAACAGCCAAGCAGGAAUGGACGACACGUCUUCUGUGCCAAGCGAGUCAUCGCCCGUUAUUCGAACAUCGAGUUCGAACGCAUCUGUGAGUGGUGUGGGCAGAAUCGCCCAUAAUCCAGCGUCAGAAGACACAGAAAGCGUUGCAGCAAAGCCCGCACGGGGGCGAAGCGUGUCAUUUCCUAAUUGA